AUGACGACGGAAUCGAAGAGGGAUGAUAACGUAGCAGACGAUGAGGAACUAUCAACGCUGCUGGACAGUGCGCUGUCCGAUUUUGGUCGUUUUCGGAACACCGAUGAGGAGCUGGACUCAAUGAUGGAGCAAGAUCCGGCCACAAUAACAGAUGAAUCUCAAAUGGAUGUGGUAAUGAACCUUGUACAGUCAUUCUUUGCCAAAGAUAUAAUGUAUGGUCCACUGAAAGCACUGCUGGAAAAAUUCCCAAAUUACCUUUUGGAGCACAAUGAAUUGGAUGCGGCAACAAAAGCACGCUACGAGAAGCAAAUAGAAAUUCUGGAAUCCGUCUGUGCGGAAUAUGAGAAGGAGGAGGCGAGCAGUGCGCAUGAGGCAAAACAGCGAUUUGACAGGAUUAGUACAUUGAUGAUGCAGCUUCACUCCUACGGAUAUCCGCCAGAGGAGCUGGUCGGCGAAACACCACCUGGCUGGAUCACCGAUCCGCAGACCGGUUAUCCUCGUGUUGAUGAUAUCACAAAAGCUGCCGAAGCUUGCUCACUUAUGUAA